UAAUUGUACAACCGGAAGUGGUACGACAAAAACGGACGUACGAGAAGAUGGACUGCUUGGAGAAGAAAGUCACCAGCCAAACAAGUCUCCUGUCAUCAGAGUCCACCAGAACAGUGUCUCAGAGUGGAACACUGGAAGCCAAUCCAAGCUGUGAAAAUCGUGGACAGACGACUUUUGGCUCUAGUUAUCAAUUCAAUUAUACCACUUUGAGAAAACCACUUUCUCAAACCAGCAUGGUAGACUGGGCCUCGAAGAACCUUAACAUGCAUACACAGGGCAUCUUCCGAAGGAGAAUCUCAAUUUCCAACAUGCUCUCAUGG